AAUCAAAAAAAAAAUGUGUUCAUUCUUUGUUUUGUGAGUGCCUUUGUGAAUAAAUGGAUAAUUUCACCAUCUAACUGGGCAAGUUUGUCGAUUUAUUUGAAUGGACCCCAAGCCAAACGUCACAAACGAUUAUAGCCAAGCUCACAACCUAUUCGACGAUCAACUGCAAAUCACCAACGAUACGUAGCUGGUACAGAAACCAGCAGCUGAGUCACAUACUAAAAGCUUUUCUACAAUAGUGCAGACACAAACCACACCACACAUAUAAAAUGGCUUCUACCACGCCAAUUAGCACAGACAACAACACAAAUUCCACAACAACAUCGAUCUUAACAACAACCGGUGCUGAUGCCGACUAUAUAACUGUCGUUGAAGUUGACGAUCUCACAUCGUCUACCAAAGACACCAACCACUUGAAGAAACUAGUCAAACGGCAGAGCUCCAUAGCCGAAGACUCAUCGUUCAUCACAGUUCUGACCAUUAACGAGCAGCAACAGCUCUUGCAGCAACAAAAAGAUGAAAGCCAGGAGCAGAAAGACGAUGCAGAGGGCGAACUUGUCGUAGUCUAUCGAUUGCCUGGCGAACGUUUGGGCUUCGGUCUAAAAUUCCAAGGCGGCACACGCAAUACAGAGCUGGUGCAGAAGCUCUACAUACAAUCCUGCGCCGCCGACAGUCCCGCUUCGAAAGUGGCCACCAGUUGGGGGACACUGCGCGAGGGUGAUGAGAUCGUUAGCAUAGACGAUCAGGCUGUGUGUCAAAUGACGCGCAUUGAGUGUGUGCGUUGUCUUAAGGAUAAUGUGGCAAUUAAGCUGAUUGUGCGCAAUGGACACGGUCAAAAGCCACCCAGUAGUCCGGAGGAGGAACAGGCAGAGGUGUCGCUUAAUGCACAACCGCCACCACCACCUCCUGUACCGCCACGUAAGCUGGUCAAGCGUCAAAACUCUAAGGAGCAGCCAUCACCGGUGCAGUUAAUCAUUGAGAAGCCACUGACGCCGCCACCGGAUGCCGAAUACUACAUCAACCUCUUUGCAGAGUCCAUUAAAGCCGGAUCCGAAUCGGAUGACACGGCUAGCACUAUUUCAACAGUCAUAGAUAAGUUCUCCAUGAGCUCAAACUACUCUUCAGACACGGAUCUGGCGUCCAGCCUCAAUGGACAUGAGUUGGCCAAAGUGUUGAAACCGUUCACAUUAUUGGAGCAGGAAUUUCAGCUGGAGCAGCCAUUGGGUAAACCGAAGCUGCUAAUACCGGGCAAUAACUAUGAGAAUGUUGAGUUCAAAACCGAGAAGAUUAAUGUCUACGAAAAUGUGGAGCUUAAAAGUCCAAUGGGCACACCUACGCCCAAGCCGCGCAUUCAGUUGGCCACUGUGGAACCGAAAAAACGUUCAAUCAUACCCAUGCCACGUAAGAUUGCCACGCCGAGUAAGUUGCCCAUUGAGGUGGCACCACCCACAGUGCCCACAGAGGCAAGUCCUGCUACACCCAACACCAAUGAGCUCAAUACAAAUCCAACAAAGUCCGUUGCUCCACCACAAAUGGAUCAUAGCACCGACACGUCAAUGGUAAUUAGCGUGGAAUCGCCUAAAACACCUACAAACGAGCACAAGGAGUUCAACACGAAAAUCCCCAAGGCUGUGGCUUCACCCUCGACGCUACAGCGUUUCCUCUCACGCGCCAAGACUGAGAGCGAGAUUAAGUUGCAGCAGCCUCUGAAGCAGCCCUCGCCCCAGACCAAGUCCCGCAUACCCGUAGUCAGUCCGCCCGCUGCAACAAAGUCACCUCUUGUUGUAGUUGGCAGCAAUAAGUCACCGCCACCAAGCUCAAAUAUUCCACGUCUACUGCAGAAACAAAAGUCCGAGACGGAUCUCAAGCUUGGACUAUAUCGCAGUAAGUCAAAGGAGUCCAGUCCCAGUCAACUGCGUCCGCCGCUUCAACGCACUAAUUCCGCAGAGGCGCCUGCUCGUACUCCCGAUCGCACCUACAUACCUGUGCUACUCAAUGGGGGCUGCAGGUCCAGCUCCAACUCCAUGGAAUCCCUCAGUUCGAAUUGCAGUAACAGCAGCGGCUCCACAGUCAAUGGUCGCUCACCCAAGGGACCCAAGCCCAAGCCGCCGGAGCGUGUGCAGUCCUUGCAAAAGACACAGAUACCGAAGCUACAACAACUGCCCACAACUCCACCGCAACAGCUCCCCAAGCCCAGCAUGCAGACUUUCAAGCAGGUAAGCAGUAAUACCACAACUCCGGAGACACCCAAAACUACGCCCGUAAGCACGCCGUCGCCAACGAGCAAUCGAGAGAUACGCUUCAAAAUACAAACCUAUGAGAGCAAGACACAGGAUGAGGAUAAGCUGCCUAGUCUCUUCGAUUUAGUGCAUAAGCAGGAGCAACAGGAUGUGCCCGUCAAAGUGCCUGCACAACGUGACAUUAGCGCCCUGUUGGCGGCCGCCGCUGCCGAGGCUGUAGACUUAUCCUGCGAGUCCCCACCACCUCUUGUGGUGGGUAAGUGCAUGAAAGUGUUGGAUGAUACACAAGAGACCACUUGCUAUUCAAGUUCCUCAAGUGACGAGGACGAUGGGACACAUGAUGAGGUUGACGACGCCGAACGGGACUAUGUGUGCGAGGAUGGUGAGAAGUUAGGUCCGCCAGAGUUGAUAAAUGGACCCGGCCCAUCAGAGGCAUAUUUUAAUAUGUACUGGCAUUCGAAUAUGCUGCCCACCAUAGGCGAGGUGGAGGAGGAGUUGUCAUCACUGGAGCCGCAAUCCUUGUCUAAUGGGCCAAUUGUCAUUGUCGACGAUUUGUGUCAACAGGCAGCCGAGUCGACGCCAACAGCAACAACUGCGAAGAAAUUGCCACAGUACGUGCAGCCGCCUAAGGUGCCAGUCCCCAGUAAAAUGGAAGCCAGCGAAGAGCUGCCACAUGAGGUGGCGGCCAAAGAGAAUGCGAACAACGAUAAGAUAGAGCUCUAUGAUGUUGAUAAGCGUCACGAAGCAGCUGACCAUACUGUUGUCACCGAGAGCAGUUCGAGCAGUACUAGCACUUCCCAGCAGGUGGAGAAAAUAACCAGUAGCAGUAGCCAGACAGAGAACAGCAGCAGCAGCAGCAGCAGCAACGUCAGGGAGACGAGCAGUAGUGCGCAGGCAGUAAGCGAAACGUUGACCACCUCGGGAGUAAGCCACCGAAUAACCACCACCAAGGUGACAACCACAAAGACAAGCAGCAGUAGCAGCAGCAGCCACUCCAGCAGCAGUAGCUCCUCGAACUUCAGUUUUCCCGAUGUGGCCUUUAAGCUGCAACCGUAUGAGGAGCGCGAGGAGAUGCCGAAUAGUUCUACACCCACCAUUAAACAGACAGUGCAUGAAGAGCGUCGUGUGAUUAGUGAGCAGAAAACCCUAAGCGAGCUGCGAACCACCGACACUGAGACCGGCGAACAACAGCUGCUGACUAGCGCCGAGUCGAAGAGCAGCAGUGCACGCUUCAAGAAGAUCAGCAGCAACGACAAUCUGCUCGAUUUGGACGAGCAGUUGGCACCGUUGACUGGCACCGUGUCUGCAGAGACACGUCUUAUGGAGCGUCUGGACAAUCCACAGGAUAAACAGAGUAUUGAGACGGGUAUUUUGAAAUUAUCCGAAUGUGGCAAGCAGCUGGAGCGAUCGAAGAAUGGCGAUAUAAGUUACACAGAAUGCGAACAGAUCGAACAGCAAAGCUAUUUGGAGGGACAGCAAAUUCUCAACGAUGAAGCCGUUGAUCCCACAGCCGAACCUCUGCUACAGCGUGAGCUAAGUGAGACACUGAUCGUGAGCAAGGAUGGUGAGAAACAGGUGACCAAACGCAUCGAACAAAGCAAAGAGGCGCCGGGAAAAAAGGGCGCCAAGCUGUUAAAGAAAACUGAGGAGGAGCGACGUCUCGAGCAAGAGGCACAAAAGCUUAUCGAAAGCUAUCAAAAGGUUAAGAAAGAGGCGGAGAAGUUGUACAAUCUAGAGCUCUCACCGAAUGCCACAGACGAGCCCCAAGGCUUUGACUUGAGCGCCUUCGAGCAGGUGGAAGAGCAAACCAGCGAGCACGCCACACCUGUGGAUGAUGAACUGGGUUAUUUGCUGCAUAAGCACAUCAUUGACGGUCCGGAGCCUAAGAUAAGUGAAGUCACCCCAACACUGGCGCCAAAAUCGAAGCCGCCGGUGCCUAGGAACAAACCCAAAUUGCCGGUGGUUAUUGGCAAGCCAAAAACCGCACCACCACCAGUGCCACAAAAGCGCAGCGAAGUUCCCAGUAAACCGACACCUACAACACGACGAAGCAGCUUCGAGCUAACUAGCCCCCCAAAACCAUUGGAACGCAUUAUUGUGGGUGUAGAACAGGAUGCACAGGAUGCGCAGGAUGCAUCAACCAUACCACCCAUCGCUAGCAAUCCAAUUAUCACCUUGGCCAGCGUCGACUUGCCAAAUGUUGCAGCCACUGUGACCGAGCCUGAUUUGGUGGCACAUGCCGAGGACUUGCUGCACGAUGAGUUGCACUUUGAGAGUCAUCAGCUGCCAAAUGUUGUGGGCCAACCACAUAAACAAAAACAACAACACCCAGAAGGGGGGGAGGGCAGCAUUCUGAGCACCUCCUCGUCCAUCGAUUCGGUAACCUCGACAACAUCAUCAACUGCAGACACAACCCCGAUAACAACACCAAUUUUGGUAUCAGCAACGUCGUCAUUGGAUUCUGUUAAAAGUGUCAUCGAGGUCAUCAAUAGGCAUGACAACGACAGAAGCGAGAACAGCAACAAUAACAUCGUCAGCAGCUGCAACAGCAGCAGCAGCAGCAGCAGCAGCAGCAUUGAUAGUGUCAAUGCAACAGCAACUGAACUUGUAGAGGAUGUGUCAACGUUGUUGCUCGAUAGAGAGCAUGAAACAGGUGAGUGGCACAUACUGUAA